AUGAACUAUGAAAAUUAUGACCCUUGUUUUCCUGACCAACCAGUGGUCGAUCUUUAUCUUCCAAUAUGGGCUAAACUUCCAGCUUUUAAGUCCAAACCAGCUUUUAUUUGGGCUGAAGAUGGCCCAAUUCAAAGUUCAUUCCUCACUUAUGAGCAAUUAAACAGUUCAGUUCAAUGCAUUUCCUCUGAAUUGUUGCUUAGUUUAAGAAAAAAUGAUACUGUUCUUGUUUUAUGUUCUCCUGGACUUGAAUUGGUUGAAAUUAUUUUUGGGUGUCAAAGAGCUGGGCUUCUAGCCAUUCCUAUUAGUCCUCCUCAUCCAUCUUUUUCCAAUGAAAAUUACCAUCAUUUUCUUAGAGUUGUGUCUCAAACAAAACCAAAAGUUGCUAUAGCAUCAAGUGAUUACAUUAGACAUGUUAAUAAGUAUGUCGCGAGCUCUAGUAAUAAGAAGUUGUCCGAGGCUUUACAGAUGCUUCGAUGGAUUUCAACCGAUGAUUUAAAGGGCACGGAAAUGAAAAUUCAAUUGGAAAAUGUGACUUGUGAUGGUAAUACUUAUAAUGGUUGCAGAACUGAUGAUGUGUACUUGAUUCAGUACACAUCAGGUGCAACUGCAAUUCCUAAGCCUGUUUUAGUGACUGCAGGCUCAGCAGCUCAUAAUGUUAGAGUCGCGAGGAAAGCUUAUGAUUUUGGUCCGAAUACAGUUGUUGUCUCGUGGUUACCUCAGUACCAUGAUUGUGGACUCAUGUUCCUGUUGUUGACGAUUGUAUCAGGGGCAACAUGUGUCUUAACUUCCCCGAAUGCAUUUGUCAAUCGUCCUAGGAUUUGGCUUGAAUUGAUUUCGGAGUUUAAGGCAACUUGUACUCCGGUUCCUUCUUUUGCUUUACCACUUGUGUUGAAACGUGGUCAUGUUGGGACGACUGAGACAGGAACUGUUAAUACUAUUAGUAUGUUGAGCUUGAAGAAUUUGAUCAUCGUUAACGAGCCAAUUUAUAACUCUUGUGUUGAAGAAUUUGUUGAAGUUUUUAAGCCUUUUGGGCUAAAUCCUUUGGCAAUUUCUCCCUCUUAUGGCUUAGCUGAAAAUGGCACAUUUGUUUCAACAUCAUGGAGAUGUAAUAAUGGUGACAACUUUUGGACUUUUCCAACUUACAAUAAGCUCUUACCAAGUGCUAGACUUGAUGAAGAUGUAGAUAUUGAAAUUCUAGUUGUGAAUGAAGAAACAAAUGAACUAGUAGAAGAUGGAGUUGAAGGAGAAAUAUGGAUUUCAUCUCCUAGUAAUGCUAUUGGAUAUUUAGGACAUCCAUCUUUAACUCAACAAGUGUUCAAUGCUAGACUAAAAAAUAAGGUGGGCAAAUGCUACGUCCGAACCGGUGACAGAGGAGUUGUUAAAGGAGAACAGGGAUUUUUAUAUGUGACAGGUCGAUGUUCUGAUAUUAUUAAACUCUCAAAUGGACAAGAAAUACAUCCACAUUAUUUGGAGACAGCAGCUUAUAAUAGUUGUCCUCAUCUCCUACGAGGUGGUUGUCUAGCAGCGUUUAUGAUGUCUGAAUCUGAAUACAGAUCUAUAGUUAUUGUCGCGGAGGUGCAGAGCAAGGGUGAAACAGAGAGUUUGUUUUUGAAGCAAAUAUGUGAAGGAAUAAGGAAAGGAGUAAUGAAAGAAGAGGGUGUUGAAAUUGGACAAGUGGUAUUUGUUAAAGUUGGAAAUGUACCAAAGACUACUUCUGGGAAAAUACAAAGAUGGCUUACUAAAUAUAAGUUUGUUAAGUCACAAAUGAAUGUUAUCAUGCAAAUGAAGUUUGAUAAUAGUGGUAAUGUUCAAAGUACAGUUGAAAAAAUGAUGCAAAUUAAUGGGGGAAAAGAGACUAAAAAGGGAAAGAAGAUGAUUAGUGUAGAAGAAGAAGAAGGGAUGUCAUUUGCUCCUCCUCUAAGUGCUUCGAAGACUUUGCUAUCUUCUCUUUAA